GGCCUCGAAUUCUCGUUAUCGAUAAGAUCCAAGUACCAUCACGUGAUGGACCGAUCCGAACUUUUUUUUUUCUCUUUUGCAGACAAGCUCGCAACCUCCGCAGAGACUUAUUAUAUCUACCAACUCCACUGUUGUUUUCCUGCCAGAACCGGUGUGGUUCACACUCAACAACAUGUCUUCCGACGAAAUCGUCUGGCAGGUUAUUAACCAGCAAUUUUGCUCUUACAAACUCAAGACAACAAAGGGUCAAAAUUUCUGUCGCAAUGAGUACAAUGUCACUGGUCUCUGCAACCGGCAGUCCUGCCCGCUAGCCAACUCCCGCUACGCAACAAUCCGGUCCGACCCCGAGACCGGCGCGAUGUAUCUUUACAUGAAGACCAUCGAGCGCGCACAUAUGCCCAGCAAACUAUGGGAGCGGGUGCGGCUGUCGUCGAACUACGCAAAGGCCCUAGAGCAGCUCGAUGCGCGGCUGAUCUACUGGCCGAAAUUCUUGAUCCACAAGUGCAAGCAGCGCCUGACGCGGCUGACGCAGGUGGCUAUUCGGAUGAAGAAGCUUGCGAAGGAGGAGGAGCGGUUGGGGGAGAAGAUCGUGCCGAAGUUGGCCCCUAAGAUUCGGAGGAGGGAGGAGACGAGAGAGCGCAAGGCAGAAAGCGCGGCAAAGGUUGAGAGGGCGAUUGAGAGGGAGCUUAUUGAGAGAUUACGGAGUGGGGCUUAUGGUGACCGGCCGCUGAACGUGGAGGAGGGUAUCUGGAAGAAGGUGCUUAGAGGGUUGGAGCGGUCGGGUGAGGGCGAGAGGGAUGAGGAUCUGGAUGAUGGGGAACUUGAGGAGGAGGAAGAGGAAGAGGGUGUUGGGGAGGUCGAGUACGUUAGUGAUGUCGAGGAGGAUGAAGAUUUGGAAGAUCUUGAGGAUUGGCUUGGUGAGGGUGACUCGGCGGACUCGAGCGAUGACUACUCCGACGAGGAUGAGGAAGAUAGCGAUGAGGAAAGCGGAUCUGAAGAUGCGGACGAGGAUGAGCAGAAGAAGACGAAGCCUGGCUCCAAGAGGAAGUUCACUGCCCCGCAACCGAAACCGAGGAAGAAGGGUCCCAAGGUCGAGAUCGAGUAUGAAACUGAGGGUGCUGGAAAGGAGAACCUUUUCGCCUAGGGCGGAACCCCGGUAUACUCCAACUGAUCUAUGGGUGAUAAAAAAAAAAAAAGCAAGACCCUUCAUUAUGGUCUUUUUACGGUUUUCUUACUUGUCUGGCGUUGUUCGGCUUUCAUCGCGUUGUUUUGUUGCUGUCGCGGAGUGGGCAUGUCAUACCCAGCAGUUGCAUAUAUAGCUACACAUCUUCCUUGUCGUUAUC